AUGCGCGGGGUGGUGCUCUCUGCUGGCGGCGGUCAGCACGGUAGCCUGGGCCAGGGCGACGCCGUUACCCAACUAUCCGUCCUCACGCCGAUCCGUGCUCUCGAAGCCCACAGAGUCGUCGCCGUGUCUGCUGGUGGCCACCAUUCGCUCGUGCUCACCGAGGAGGGAAGAGUCUUCUCGUUUGGCAACGGCCUGCAUGGCAGACUGGGUCACGGUAAUGAGGAGACUUGCUUCGAGCCGCGGCGCAUCGCCUUCUUUGACACGACCGCAGGCGUCGCGAAGAUAUCGGCGGGGACCACCCACUCGCUGGCGCUGACCAAGGACGGCAAGGCCUACUCGUUCGGGUUCGGCAUGUUCGGUCGUCUGGGUCACGGCGACGAGACCGACCAACUCCUGCCGCGUGAGAUCACCCUCCGCGGCCAUGGGGCAUCGCCACCUGUCGGCGAUCGCGUAGAAGAAAACGAAACGGACCCGGUCAUCGAACACGUCGCUGCCGGCUACUUUCACAGCUUGCUCCUCACCACCGACGGGCGCGUGUAUUCGUUCGGCGCCGGGGUGAUGGGCGCUUUGGGGCAUGGCGAUCGGGACAAGAGGCUGCGGCCGACCAUGAUCGAGGCGCUGGCCGACCGUCGGAUCGUGUCAAUGGCCUGCGGCAGCGCCAACACACUGGUGCUCGAUGAUGAGGGCCGUGUUUUCUUCUUCGGCCUCGACUACUCCGAAUUCCCCAAGUUCACCGAGGGCCAGGCCCGCUUCGUGCUCCUCCCCUCUGCGCUCGGCCUCGCCGAGGAGAUCACAGAGGUGCGGGCGGGCGAGGGACACUGCCUGUUGCUGACGAGAGAGGGCAAGCUGCUCGCCUUCGGCCUGGGCAAGAACGGACGACUGGGCCUGGGCGACGAAACCAACCGCCUCGCCCCCACCGCCGUCACCUUUCCCAGCAAUGGCACCACAAGCGUGGAAAUAGACAUCGCGUGCGGUGCCAAGCAUGGACUGGCUCUGGUGGACGUGCCGGGCGAGGGUCCGCGCCUCUACGCCUUUGGGAGCGGAGACCAGGGCCAGCUCGCCAACGGUCAUCGACAGGACCGCGCCAGCCCGACCGCCACCACGACCUCGCUGCCGGCCCUCCUGCACCAGCACAUCGUCCCGGCCGCCAUAUCCGCCGGCAAGGCCCACUCACUCGUCCUUCUAUGA